UUGCCGGAUGAUAACAGUUUUAGACUAUGGGCAAUCAUGGACACUUAACGUCUUGGUUAGUAGAUUCGUGGUUUUAACUUUAAGUUUUGAGUUUAAAGUAUUUAACUAAUUGUUGUCGUUUUCCAUUCAAUUUUAUUGAAAUCUUGAUUCGUUCUUGAAAAAUAGUUUGCAAUUUAAAGUAGCAUCCAAAAUUCUUAAAAUAUUUUCACGCAUGCGUCAAACUUAAAUCAUGUCUGAUAGCCAAUAUACUCAAAUUUUUAACAGAAAUUCUGUCAACGACGUUGAUGAUUCGGAUCUCAUCAAUAGUUAUGACAAGCAGUACGAAAAAGUUAAAAAGAAGGCUAAGGCAAAACUACCCCCUAUUGAUUCAAUGUCUGAGCUGUGUUUAAAUGACGAAGAAGUCAGUGAAUCUAUUGUGAAAGACAAACCAAAGAAAAAAGGUACAGAAGUCUUUUUUCCACCACCCCCACCACCACCAGACAGUAUUAAAAAUUUACCUAAGACUGAGAGGGAAGCUCUCACAUCAAUGCUUAUGUCAUAUUAUAUGAGUGGAUUUCAUACAGGUGGCUGGAGUGUAACGUGUUUUAAGGAGAAAUAUUUAAGCAUUUCUUUUGGCAAUUAUAUUUGAGCUGUGUUAUUGUGUGAGAAGUAAAUUAAUGUUAGUGUGUGUAGUUCCUAAAAUUAGUUAUUAAGUACAAGGCAUCGACGGUUUACCACCCGCUUAUAAAUUUCCACACGUGCAGGCACAUGUCAAUGAUGCAGAUUUUAUGAAAUAUACACCAUACUAUUCAAAUGACAAAAUGCCAAAAUGCUAGACCAUUGUUCUAUUAUAUUAUAAUUUUCUAAUGCCGGUUUACAUGAACUAUCACUUAACAUUUGACGAAUAAAUAUACUCGAAUAAUCCCUUAAACAUUAUUUAGUGCCACGAUUGGUCCAUUAGAUUGUAUCAUUGAUUAUAAAUAAGAGUAUAAUACUAGUAUUUAUAAUCAAUGAUUGUAUGAACAAUUAUAUUGAUAAAUUGUUCAUGCAAACAAUUUUUAAUUUAGGUUUUGAUGAAUUAUAUAGCAUUUUUAAAUUGUAUUUAUCAGUAAUGAUUUCCUUAAAUUAAGGUAUUUUCUAAUGGCCAAUACUGUUAAAUAUACCUAAUAUUUAGUAUAUUUUAUUACUUAAGUACAUAUACAGUCCUUUAUAAAGCAGUGGUGUAGCUGACAGGAGACGAUGGGUGGAAGCCCACCUUGGAAUUUUUAAUUGGUGAUGUAAUGCAGUAAUAUAAUAUUUAAAAUUUAAAUAGCCCCUCCCUCUUAACUGAGCUCCAGCUACGCUAUUGCUUUUAAGUAAUACAAUUAUUAUUUAUUUAUGUCUA